AUGUUGGCGCGCCCUGUUUGUAGUGGACACAUUUUGGGUUUCGAUGCCAUUUUGGGGCUGACUUUCGAGCGGGACGGCAGUAACAGUCGUCAAGUUAUGUCAAGCAAACUUGUUUGCCACUUUCACGACGAUCUUGUACCAGCAGAACAUGGAUCCUCCGCCAUCACUUUUCGAGCUAAAAGUGUCUUUCUGCAUCACUCUUUCACCAUAAACCAAGAGUUACAUCAACAAACUCUGAAAAAAAAUGUAGUACAAGGCUCGAGCAGGCUUUCGCUUUGGGGGGGCGGGGGCGAGGCUCUGGUUUCUGGCCGGGGGUAA